AUGCAGGGUACUCGAGUGACGCGAACACAGUACGGAUUCCGCACGUUACAAGAGUCGUCGGCUAAAAUGUGCCUUAAAGUCACAGGAUAUCCGUUGCCAGAAAUCACAUGGUACAAAGACGAUGUACAAUUACAUGAAGAUGAACGGCAUACGUUCUAUGCAGAUGAAGACGGUUUCUUCGCCCUAACAAUCGAUCCAGUUCAGGUAGAUGACACAGGUCGAUACACAUGUAUGGCAACAAAUGAAUAUGGUCAAGCGUCCACAUCGGCGUUCUUCCGAGUACUAAAAGUCGAAAAAGAGGCUGCACCACCGAAAUUUGUUAAUGCACUCAAAGAUCGCGAAUGUAAAGAAGGCGAUGUGAUCAAUUUCGAAUGCGAGGUCGAGGGUUGGCCGGAACCCGAACUCGUAUGGCUUGUCGACGAUCAGCCUCUUCGGCCGUCACACGAUUUCAAAAUCGAGUACGACGGCAUGAACGCUAAACUCGAAAUCAGGGACGCUCAACCCGACGACACCGGAGUGUACUGUGUGAAAAUCCAAAACGAAUUCGGAACAGAAGAAAGCAAAGCCAAAUUGGUUGUGGUACCUGAUCCGGACAAGAACCACGUUGCACCAGAGUUUCAGGCCACAAUCGAAGAUGUCGAAUGCAACGAAGGCGAUGAAGUUCGCUUUAAAUCAGUUAUCACGGGCGAUCCAAAUCCAGAUAUUACCUGGAUGAUCAAUGGAAUACCACUGAGUGAAUCGGAGAAGGUAAUUGCUUUCUUCGACCUUUACUGCUUUACCUACUUCUCUAGAUAA